CUUGUCUUUGGCUCUGGAUCGCCGAACGUUGUGUCGCACGCGCUGCUGGUUAUUUAUCAAUGGAAACCUAUAAAAUACAGUGCUUAACAAUUUCCCUCCUCAUGAGAUUUUCCGUUACGGCUGAUCAUACCGUGCCCGUUAUCAUGUGGUCGUCAGCGAAGGCAUUGUGGAAGACAGUGAAUAUUCCACAUCAACAGCACAAUGGAUCACACAAAGAAGCCCUGGACCUGUUCAGGUACCUCAGUCCUGUAGUCAACAGAGGCCCAAAGAAAGUAAUACUUUUCUGGCAAGACAAGCUGAACAUCCAUGAUAUUAUCACUGUUGACGGCAAGCUGGCCCACACAUUUUCAAAUGUUCAGAAUGCCCUGGAUUCCUCUCCGUCGUCCAUUAUCUUACCAGCUAUAAACCAGCAUUGGACAAAUCAGCUUCCAAGAUAUCUUCAACAGAAACUUGGAGAAAACCCAAUACUUGUGAACUACUUACCAUUUUGGAAUCCAGAACUGAACAGCACAAAAUCAUCUCUAUUAAUAGUGAAGUUAUCAUCAAACCAUAGACCUGCAAUGGUACCAGACACCAAAUUCCUCACUGAUAAUGAUGUCAUUAAAUUGGUCAUCAAUGCCUUAAAAGCAAACAGUAUUCCCUACACAGCUAUUUUCACAGCUGGCAGGAGUUCACAGGUCAUUAGACUUGCUUUCAAUGAUGUAAUGAAUACAGGUAGACAGCUUCUACAAGUCCCAACCUGGAACCAGUAUCCUCCCAUAAAUGUCACAGAUGGUGAAAUCCCCUGCAUUCUCUUCAUAGCUAAGAAGGUAACACUCCGAAUUGGAGACCAGCCUGAGAUAGAUUUGACAAACAGAACUUUUGGGAGCACUGCUAAAAUUAAUACCAGGGAUUCAACAUGUACUGCAGAUAAAGCUACGCUUUCCUUGAACUAUGGUGAUGUCGGAAAUCUAAAGCAACUUGUCAUUCGGUUUGAACUGUCAAAUAAUUAUCACAGAACUUCUGUUCAGAAGUGGUUUAGCCUGGAUUUUGUGCAGAUCUUCCACAACAAUUCAUUACAAGCAGUGUUCAAUGCAUCUGAAAUCUAUGCUCCAGUUACAAAUUCAUAUCACUGUCAAUAUAUCAGUAGUCUGCACAAACAUGAAGCGCUACUUGCAUCCAGAUCUCAAGAAGACAUGACAAGAUUGUGGCACAUUACCUUUGUGGAGUUUCAGAUUCAAGGCUUUAAUAUUAAAGCAGGACAGUUUGCUUCAGCAAGAGACUGUGCCUCAUUUUUUACACCAGCUGUCUUGAUGGGCCUAGUAAUUUCUCUCAUUCUUGUGCUAGUCCUUGCUUAUGCAGGGCAUAUGUUGGUCCAUUUAAAAAGGAUGGAAGAGUACAAUUAAUCCAAAAGCACUGUUUACAGCCCUAAGACAGAAGAAGCUCAUUAUGCAGAAUAAUCUCCACUAAGACUUCCACCAAAAAUUGCAAAGUCUUCAGCCUGCAUUUUCCUCACCGGUAUUACCUUUCAUCUCACCAAAAUGUGCCAGGUUUAUAUCUUGAGACUUUUUCUUGCAUCCACCUUAAGCAAGCAAGAAUGUUACUUAAUAUAG